CGGCGGCGGCGGCGGCGGCGGUCCUGGCUGCGGCCGGGGGAAGUGAAUGGUUUUACCCAGAGGGCUCUGCGCCGCCUUUCUCCCGCUGGCACCGGCGCCGCUCCCUACUGCUCCUGCCCGGCCAUGGCGUUCACGUUCGCGGCCUUCUGCUACAUGCUGGCGCUGCUGCUCACCGCGGCGCUCAUCUUCUUCGCCAUCUGGCACAUUAUUGCAUUUGAUGAGCUGAAGACUGAUUACAAGAACCCUAUAGACCAGUGUAAUACCCUGAAUCCUCUUGUACUUCCAGAGUACCUCAUCCAUGCUUUCUUCUGUGUCAUGUUUCUUUGUGCAGCAGAAUGGCUUACACUGGGUCUCAAUAUGCCCCUCUUGGCAUACCAUAUUUGGAGGUACAUGAGUAGACCAGUGAUGAGUGGCCCGGGACUCUAUGACCCCACAACCAUCAUGAAUGCAGAUAUUCUAGCAUAUUGUCAGAAAGAAGGAUGGUGCAAAUUAGCUUUUUAUCUUCUAGCAUUUUUUUACUACCUAUACGGCAUGAUCUAUGUUUUGGUGAGCUCUUAGAACAACACCCAGAAGACGUGGUCCAGUUCAGUGCAUGCAAAAAGCCACCACAUGAAGGGAUUCCUUCCAGCAAGAUCCUGUUUCCAAGAGUAGCCUACGGAAGCUGAUCAGUUACUUUCAAAAUGACUCCUUAUUUUUUAAAUGUUUCCACAUUUUUGGCUUGUGGAAAGACUGUUUUCAUAUGUUACAUUCAGAUAAAGAAUUUAAAUGGAAUUACGUAUAAAUUAAUAUAAAAUGAUUACCUCUGGUGUUGACAAGUUUGAACUUGCACUCUUUAAGGAACAGCCAUAAUCCUCUGAAUGAUUGCAUCAAUUGCUGACUGUCCUUAGUCCAUUGGAAGCAUUUCUUUAUAGGAACUCCUAGGGCUUAUUUUGGUUUUAUUGAAAUGCCAUCUAAUUAUAAAUUAGCUGUAGAUAUCAGGUGCUUCUGAUGAACUGAAAAAGUAUAUCUGACUUGUGGGAAACUUCAUGGGUUUCCUCAUCUAUCAUGUAGAUGAUUAUGGAUACACUUAGACAAAUAAGAAGAGUGGGAUUUUUUUCCCUUCGACUUGAAUAUUAUCCCUGUAUAUUGCAUGAAUGAGAGAUUUCCCAUAGUUCCAUCAGAGUAAUAUACUUGCUUCGAUUCUUAAGCAUAAGUGAACAUGAUAUAAAAAUGUAUGCUGAAUUAUUUGUGAAGAAUGCAUUUAAAGCUAUUUUAAAUGUGUUUUUAUUUGUAAAACAUAAGUAAGAAAUUGGUUAUGCUUACUGUUCUAAUCUGGUGGUAACGGUAUUCUUAAGAAUUUGCAAGUACAUUAGAUGUUCAGAAUGGAAUGAGAGAGAAAGCUGUAUCACCAUCCUGCUGUUCCUUUAGUGCAAUACAAUAAAACUCUGAAAUUAAGACUUAUUUUCAGUGCAUUGUUUUAAAAAUGACAAGUAGUGAUUUUUUAAACUUGCUUCAAUCUGUAACAAAGACCUAUUACUGUCAUUAGAGGAAAAACAGAACUGGAGAAUAUUAUCCUGUAGUUUUUCUUAGAAAUACCAUGCCUGGAUCUAAAAUGCAUGAUUUUCAGACGGCCACGAGUGCUCCCGUCUCGUCCUCUGGGGAGGGCAUCAGUGAUGACGACAGGACGCAUCCUUUCUCUUAACAGCUGAACAACAUCAAGCACUUAGAAUGUUUCACGUUUCUUUCUCCUUUCUGAAAGAGCUGGUUUUGAGGUAAAGGAGCUUGUCAGUUUGAAAUGUUGCUGCUGCUUGCAUGGCAGGUGAGUUGUGGCUAGCACGUGGUCGGAAGCAUUCCUGGGCCUUAUUUGGGACAAGGAAGUUCAGGUGGUUGAGGAGGAUGCAAGUCCCCAGCAGAGGAUCGAGAGAAGGAAAGCCACGUGCAGCAUUCCCCGGGGCGAUGGGGCGGUUACGGAUGUGCCCGCGGAAGCCUUGCUCUAGGAGCUUCUCACUGGCAGAGCACCGCUGCGGUAGAAUGCCUGCCCACCCCUGGGAGAGCAGCUGUUUCCAGUAGGGAGUGAGUAAUUGGGCUGAGUAUGUUGAAGAGGAUGUAGAACCAGAGACUGGGGAGUCCAGCCAUUUCACAGCAGGGAUGCUCUGAGGAUCUUGUACUUCAUGGUCUGGAGACCAGCUUAGGGGAGUCUGACUGCUUGUCAGUUCAGCCAGUAAAUCACUUAGCGAGCACUCGCUGGGCACUGAUAGGAGCAUUCAAUUUCAGGCCCCCUCCCCUCCCUGCCUGCCCCAAUGUGGGUACCCACUUCUCAUUUUUCUUUCUUGUUCACAAGUACUUUGGAGCCUGAGUUCUGGCAAAGCCUUCUGUAUUCCACAUUGGUUUCCUGGGGCUCUUACCAUAGUCUUCCUCUCCCAAGUAUUCUCUUGAACCCCUCUUCUCCUAGGAAACACUACUUUAUAAAUUUUAUCAUUUUAAUCUAUUCUGGAAUAUUUUCCAGGAUUAAUGCGAGGUUUACUGGUCGGAAGGCACAUUCGCGUGCUUCCAAAAUUCUGAUUCCUUAGGGGUGAUUGACAGUGAGGUUCGCCCAUCUCGGUGGAAUGUUAGUUCCUGGGCAGGUGAGUGAUUAGAAGGUUGAGCUGUGGGAUGCUCUUGUCUACCUGCCUUUACCUUUUCCAGUGUGUUAUGAAAUUGAAUCACCAAGAGAAAGCAGAAAGGAAAUACUUGCGUCCAGCCAUACCUGUUAGCGCUUUUCCUUCUUCGAAUUUAUCACUCCUAUCAGUCUUCGGGGUGGCCCUGGCCUGCCCUGUGCCAUGCCUGCGGAUUCAGUCAAGCCAAGAGUGUGCGUUUGUAAUCCUUUUCAGUUCCUAUCCGAUGCUCCCUGUGCAGUGACACCUGUUUAUUGAGGUACUUUCUUCUCAUAAUCACUUGUGAUAUCUUAUGCUUCUGUUGGCCUUUAAGAGCUUCAGAAACAGUUUUCGUUUUUGCCUGUUCUGUUGCACCAUCUAAACCAACAGCUCUUGGUUCCUAUGCUAGGACAUACUCUUGAAGAAUUUUUUAGAUACUAAAUGUGAUCUACGUAGCAGUUCUUUAGAGUAACAGUAUUCUAUCAUGGCAAUGUGCCUCUUACUCAGUAAGGAGUUUGUAUUAGUUUUCAUCCCUGAAACAAAUACCUGAAGAGAAGCUGCUUAACAGAGGAAGAGGGGUAUUUUGGCUCACAGAUUUGGAGGUUCACAGUCCAAGACUGGGUGACCCCACUGAUCUGGCAUCUGAUGAGGAGGAAUGCAGGCAGAGGAAGCAGCACGGAGCAAGCCAGAAGGCAGGGAGAACCUGCUGGUCCCCUGUGCCAGGGUCUCUCUGGGGGUUCCACCUCAGCAGUCUCAUCCAAUCUGGUCACUUCCCAAAAGCCACCUUCAUAGAGCACAACUGGAUUAAAUCUCUACCUUUAAUCUAUGAUUGGAGACCAAGCCACAUGGACCUUUGGGGAACAUCCAAUCUAAUGUCCACACUAGAGCAGGGUUGUGUGUUAGAAUCUGUUUGUGCAUAUCUAAAUGUCGGUAAUGCUGUGUGAUGGUUUUCAUGAUGCUCAGCUGCUUUCCCUACUUCCCACUCCAGGUUAGACGAGAAUUGGUCCCAGGCUUUUGGACAGACUGCUCAUUUGUUUGAAGUUUGAAUUAUUUUUCAUAUGAAGGGAAGUGAUAGGAAAUGACCAGACCGUCCACUUUUGAUGUGUAUUGAGAAUUGGUAAACUGGUUAAACCAUGAAUGGCCAGCCCGAUAAAUUCAGAUGCAUGAACAGUGAUUGUCAGAAGAUAGCAAAGUGGGUGGCUGUGUGGAUCAUGUCUCAUUUAAAGCUUGCCCACUGUUCUUCAAUACUACUCAUGCAAAUAUCUCUCAUAAAGCUCUUCUCUGUGCUCCAAAACAAUGUAUCUUGAAAAUGUCAAUUACUUGCAUAUAAACAAAAUAGAGCCGUAUAAGCUUUGAAGCUGGACAGAUAUUUCCCUUCGUACAGCACUUCUCUUUUCCUCUGAUUGUGUGUUUAGGAAUAGUGCUCGUGAGAUAGCACUGCCAUGAUGCAGGUGGCAGCUUCUGAGUACCUCUUGUGCCCUGCAUGGAGAGCUCUCUUUAGGUGUGGCUCUAUCAGUGAAAUCUGACUUGGCAAAUCCAUUUAAGUCAUGAAAUGUAUUUAAGAAGUAUACAUCUGUACUUCAUCUGUGUCAUUUAAUAUCCACAAAUGUAUAUCUUUCAAUAAUCAGCUGGGUAGUAGAAUUCUGUGUCAGAAAUUUUGAUGGCAAAAAUAUUUUAAAACACUUUUAGAAAGGAUUGAGAAAUAUGGAUGCUUUGUCUAGCAUCGUUCAUGGUAGUACUCAUGUUCAUCCUUUCUGGAAACAAUGUCCGUCUCAAAUAAUUUUAAGCUCAUUUUGCUCAAACCAGUCAUUGAUUGGCAGUCAGACCAGCAGCUAAGAAGUUUCUGGUACUAGUAAUAUAGCUUAGAAGAUCAUUCUGAACAAGUACUGUAGAGUGAAGCUGAAAGAAAAAACUUAAUUCUGUUUCCGAAUGUGUGACUAGCUUCCUUGUAACAAUUUGACAUUCAGAGCUAUAAAGCUAAAUGUCUAAAAGCAGUAAAUAACUGCUGUGUGUUAUGCUGGUUUUGGAGAAAUAGUUCUAACUGUCUAAGAUGUGGGGUUGAAUUUGGUCCUGUGUUAACAUACAUUUGUGGAAGAUGUAGAGAACAUGUUGACAUGAGUAAGAAUGAAUUCUCAUAUAUGUCCAUUUGUACAAUGCUUUUAAUCAGUAUUUAGAUCUCUUUGGUUACCAUGUUUAUGUAUAUUGGAGAAGAAAAAUUUCUUAGAUGUAUGACUGGGUAGACCUUAAAACAACUAAGAGAAACAUAAAAUGUGGUUAGCUGUCUAUCUGUUCCCCUUGUUUGUUAAAAUCUGAGUUAACCUUAUGGUGCUGUACCGCUGCCCAAAGAAAUGCUGUUAAGUAGCCCUACCUUACUCCAUAGAGCUUGCUUAUUCUGCUUUUGUAUAUUUAAUAAAAAUUGUCUCAAAUGUU